UUCAGUUGCAUAUUUAAGCAGGUGCGUGCGCAGCGUUUUGAACGAGUUCGGUGAGCAAGCAGCAUGAACGGUGCGAUGUGGAGAGUGGUGAGCAGAGCCAGUUCGUUGAUUUUCCAUUCGAAAAAACGGAAUGCUCUCUCCGUCACUGUUCGUACGUUUUCAGCUCCCACCGGUCUCUAUGGCUUCCCUCAUUUGAAGACCGCAAAAGGCUUUCAAUCCUUCGUCGAUGAAGCCAUUCAAAGGUCUGGAGAACUCAUCAGUUACAUUUGCGCGAAACAGCCAGCUUCUGAAGUAAUGCGAGCAAUGGAUGAGAUUUCUGACACUGUAUGCUCUGUUGUUGACUCUGCUGAAUUGUGUAGGCAUACCCACCCUGACAGAGAGUUUGUUGAGGAGGCCAGCAAGGCAUCGAUGAGAAUUAAUGAAUAUCUACAUUAUCUGAACACGAAUCAUGAUCUAUAUGACGCAAUUAAGAAAGCCGAGCAAGAAUGUAAUAUGCUUUCUGAGGAAGCUAAGAGGGGAGUUAGAAACUUACGUGCUGACUUUGAAAGGGGUGGAAUUAAUCUCUGCUCCGGGAAAUUAGAUCAAGUGAACAAGCUAAAUAUUGAAAUUGCUCAGCUAUGCAGAGAGUACAAUGAGAAUAUUGUCAUGGACCCCGGAAUUGUUGAUAUAUAUCCUUCUUCUCGCAUCCCCAGAAAUUUGCAUUAUCUUGUAAAGCCUAUACAUCGGUCGGUGUCAUUAAUAACCAAGGAUUUAUCAGGGUCUAGGGGCACCCUCAAAGAGAAAGGAUUUCGGAUUACAACAGACCCACAAACUGUUUCUUCUGUACUACAAUUUUCAUCUGAUGAUGAGGUUAGGAAAAUGGUAUAUAUACGAGGAAAUUCUGUUCCACAGGCAAAUGUUGAUGUCCUCAAAAGGCUUAUAUCUGCACGACAUGAGCUAGCCCAGAUAAUGGGGUGUAGUUCUUAUACUGAAUUUUCUAUUAAGCCUAACAUGGCUUUAUCACCAAAAGUUGUAAUGUCAUUUUUACUCGAAAUGAGCAAGAUGGUCAAGCCCAAGACUAGAGAGGAGCAUAGGUUACUCACGAAAUUCAAGAGAGAAAAAUGUGGUCAAAGUGAUGAAGAUUUAAGGCCAUGGGAUGAGACCUAUUACAUGACAAUGAUGAAGUCCUCUGCUUAUAAAUUGGAUGCUUCGGUUGUAGGUUCAUAUUUUUCUCUCUCGAACUGUAUUGAGGGUUUGAAGGUGCUAGUGCAGUCAUUGUUUGGUGCAACCUUUCAUAGCAUCCCUCUAGCACCUAAUGAAUCUUGGGAUCCACAUGUGCUUAAACUAUCUCUUCAUCAUCCCGAAGAGGGUGACUUGGGAUAUUUGUACCUCGAUUUAUACUCGAGAAAGGGAAAGUAUCCUGGUUGUGCUCACUUUGCAAUAAAAGGGGGUCGCAGAAUUUCUCCGACAGAAUACCAACUUCCAAUUGUAGCUCUUGUUUGUAACUUUCCGGGAUCUCAAAAUCCGUCAGCUGUAAGGCUCAAUCAUUGGGAAGUAGAAACUCUAUUUCAUGAGUUUGGACAUGCUCUUCAUUCUUUGCUUUCAAGAACGGACUACCAGCACUUUUCAGGCACCAGAGCGGUUUUGGAUUUUGCUGAAAUACCAUCCAACCUGUUUGAAUACUCUUUGAUCUUCAAUUGGGAUCUGCAAUUGGAAUGCCAACAUCCACCUGUACAAGAUGAGAAAGAUGUCUUUAGAAUGGUCAUGUGGCAUAUUAUAUCCUGCAGGGCACUGGGAUACUAUGCAUGGGAUUAUCGAGUUUUGAGAAAAUUUGCUAGACACUGUUCAACUGGCGAAGAAAUUCCUCAGAAGUUGGUUGAGUCAAUGCAGGGUGCCAGAGAUAUGUUUGCUGCAACUGAACUGCAACGUCAGAUCUUCUAUGCUCUUGUUGACCAGACACUUUUUGGAGAGCAGCCACUCCCUCAUGGUGACAUUAGUUCUGUUGUUGCCGAACUGAAAAGAGAGCACACCAAUUAUGGACAUGUGAAAGGCACGCAUUGGGAGACCCGAUUCAGUCAUCUGCUUAAUUAUGGUGCAGGUUAUUAUAGCUAUUUGUAUGCUAAGUGUUUUGCUGCAACCAUAUGGAAGAAACUGUGCGAGGAGGAUCCACUUUCAUCAACUACAGGAUUUGCUUUAAGAACAAAAUUCUUACAGCAUGGAGGAGCCAGAGAACCAGACGCAUUGUUGAAUGAUCUAAUGGGAGAUGGAAUAUACAGGUAUCAUGAUGGAGGGAUCGUGCCUGAUAUUUCAUGUCUUUGUGAUGAAAUGAAGCUGGUUGAGGAAUAUCCUUUGCAGGUCCAUUUGUAGUGAUUUUUUAGGACACAGCAAAUAGUUGUACCAUUCAAACUAUGGUGUCAAAAUUUCUUAUGGGGUCUUAAUAUCUUUGUUUACACGACCCUAUCAUAUGAAAAAAGGUAAAAAAUGAGAGGAUCCAGUUUUGACGUAAGGCACAAUUUCAAGUGUCAAUUACAUAUGCAGUUACAUCUAAACACAGGUUGGACAGCAAACCUUUUUGAAAUUAAGUAUUCCGAUUCUUACAAUUCUCAAAAUACAAUUUCACUUCAAUUCAUUAAAAACGAAUUCAUUUAGUAGUUUAAAUGAUUGAUUGAUGUAAUAAAAUGUAAGAUAUACGGUGUAAUAAAUAUAAUGUUCCUACAUAUGUCUAAAUGUAUUGAAUAUGCAUUAAUUAUUAUGGUUGUAAGAUUAAACCUAUUAAUAUGCAUAUGAUGAUGUGAUGAAUGACUAGGUUGGCUUAACUUUGAAAUUUUCUAGUAACUUAUUCAAAUUGGGAAUUUUUGUUGAUACUUUAUAUUAGUAAUCCUCCAUGG